UUCGUUCGUCCUUCCUUCCUUCUCAAAUUCUCUCAUCUUCCUCCCUUUGACACGAACCCUCUCGUUAGGGUUCUGUCUAGGGUUUUCAAUCAAAACUCUACCCAUCAUGUUUAGAUUCACCCGAUCUCCUUUAUUUCAUCUUCUAAUUAUCCUUCUAUGUUUCUCUCCUUUCAUCCGAUCAGAAGAAGACGACGGUCGUUCCUCGAUCAUUCGUAUGCCGGUGGAUGAUCACGAUGAUAUUUGUUCAGGGACGCCUGUUCAACCCUCUUCUUGUCCGGUGAAAUGUUUUAGACCGGACCCAGUUUGUGGGAUCGACGGUGUGACCUAUUGGUGUGGCUGUGCGGAGGCCAGGUGUGCAGGAAUUCGCGUGGAAAAGACAGGAUUUUGUCUUGUUGGUAAUGGUGGAAGUGGUUCUUUAUCUGGACAAGCAUUCUUGUUGGUGCAUAUUGUUUGGUUAAUUGUCCUUGGAUUCUCUGUUCUAUUUGGCCUUCUCUAAUUUGGUAUGUGAUUUCAUUCUUUUUGUAUCUGUUUCCUUAUAUUCAUUCAUUGUACUUAAAAAGAAGAAGAAGAAGAAGAGUUUAGUUUCCAUUCA